AUGCAUUUAAAUGAAGAUGAUGGUAUACAAGGACGUUUCAUUCCGAUGAUAAUGGAUAAAUUUACAACAACAACCGGAGCACCUAUGACAAUUACUGUUCCGAUACCAACAGUCCCUACAACUAUAACUGUGCCACCUAUACCAACAUUUCCGCCGACUUUUCCGCCAACAUUCCCACCGACUUCACCUACUGUAAGUCCCACAACAUCACCACCAACAACAACAUCUCCUCCACCACCACCAGUAACUCCACCACCACCAGUAACUCCACCACCACCAAUUCCAACUUUCCCCCCAACAACUCCAGGAGGAUAA